CCCCGCUCCAAGAAUGUACUCAAAAGUAGAAGGGUGCGCCUGAAUGUCUGUCUCUGCCUGUAGGGUUUCCCCCACCGUCGCCUCUCAAAAAAAAAAUAGUAACACCCCCCGGAAAUAUUAAGCGUAAAACGCCUCCUUGGGGAAAACCUUGUCCACUUCCGGGAUGCCAUAAGCAAAAGACCGCACGCCCGUUAUAAAAAGCAAUCGCCCCCGACGGAGUCGCCCUCUCCACCGCCAUAAACGCCCAACUUGCACAAGGAAGACGAUCAUAAUCUGCUCCCCAUCUACCCGACCACGACCCCUUCCAUUAUCCCCCACCGCCCCAUUUCUGAAAACGAUGGCGACUUUCGACGGCGAUGUGCAGGCUGCGUACGAUGACGUGAGGAACGACAAGACCCCGACUAACUGGCUGUUACUAUCGUACGCCAACGACGCAAAAGACGUCCUCACCCUCAGCGGCAGCGGGACGGGCGGGCUGGCCGAGUUCACGGACAAGCUGCGCGACGACCAGGCCGCGUUUGGGUAUCUGAGGAUCAUUGUUGGGAACGAUGAGUUGUCGCAACGCGCGAAAUUCGUGCUCGUAAGCUGGUGCGGCAAGGAAGUGAAGGUGAUGCGCAAGGCCAAGCUGUCGGUGCACAUUGCGUCCGUCAAGCAGAUCGUCAAGACGUUUGCGGUCGAGAUUGCUGCUUCUACAAAGGAGGACCUCCGCGAAACCGAAAUCAAGAAACUGCUCCAAAAGGCCAUGGGUGCCAACUACGAUCGUCAGACGUCGCAGUACUAGAUCCCAUGCUCUUCUUGAUCCCCCUUGUUUGUUUGUUUUUUUUUUGGGUUGCGUGAGUGAAUAGAUAUACCAGAUGCGUUUUGUAAUGAAAGAGUGAAUAUUUGUCGAGA